AUGCCUCCCGUAGCAGUCAGUGACAUCAACCUUCCUACUGAGUCCGCUCAUCCUCUUCCCGAGGCAAAGGACCCUCUCGCCUCUUCCGUCUCAACACCCCAACUUUUCUCUCUCGCAAACAAGACCAUUGUCAUUACCGGCGGCGGUCGUGGCCUCGGCAUCACUUUUGCUCUGGCUGUCCUCGAAGCCGGCGGCCACGCCGCCUGCCUCGACAUCCUCCCGGAGCCCGCUGCUAUCGAGUGGGCGCACCUCACCAAGCUGGCCAAGGCCAACGGCCUGUCCGUCACCUACCACAAGUGCGACAUCACCGACGAGGAAGCCACCCAAAAGGUUUUUGAAGACAUCGCCGAUGCCGCCGACGCCCGCGGCGCUCCCUUCUGGGGUGCCAUCGCCUGCGCCGGCAUCCAGCAGAAGAUCCCUGCUCUAGAGUACCCUGUCGCCGACUUUGAGCGCAUCCAAAAGGUCAACGUCGUCGGCGUCUUUGUAACCGCCAAGCACGCGGCUCGUAUCCUUGUCAACCGCAAGAGCAAGGGUAGCAUCCUGCUCAUCUCCAGCAUGUCCGGAGAGAUCGCCAACCGAGGUUUGACUUGCAGCGCGUACAACACCAGCAAGGCUGCCGUGCAGCAAAUGUGCCGGUCCGUCGCCCAGGAAUGGGGCCAGUAUGGAAUCCGCGUCAACACCCUCUCUCCUGGCUACAUCCGCACCGCCAUGACCGAUCAGCUCCUGCAGGCUGAGCCCGACGUCGAAAAGACCUGGAUGCGGGGUGCCCUGCUCCAGCGCUUGGGUAAACCUGAGGACUUUAAGGCUCCGGCCGUCUUCUUGUUGUCUGAGGGAAGCUCAUUUAUGACCGGUGCUGAUCUCCGCGUUGACGGUGGCCACUGCGCGUCGGCAUAA